UACGCAAACAAAAAAGAAAAGAAACUCACAGUAUUAAACAGAAAGUUGAAAAUUUACUUUUGCUUGAUCAGAGGAUCGCAUUCAAUCAAAUCAAAUCAUUGGAUCGGCCCUAAUGCUGAGAGCUCAUGGAGUUGGUUUUAGGUAAGGGCAUCAGCACAUCUAAACCAACGGGCUGUGCAACGACUUCGGCCUCUGGGUCCGGAUGUGCAGAUUGUUGCACUGACUGCGUGGCCAUGCCUCCAUCCUGUUGCGCCACACCCUCUUGUUGUGCGCCCACGUAUUGUGCCGACAUGCACUGCGAUUUGGGGUCACAGGAAAAUGUAUCAUAUGAAUAUCAUGAGCCUGAGGAGAAUUUCGUGUCCAUUGAUGAUGCGAAAAUUAAGAAUUUACUUAUCAAAAUUGGCCAGCAACGGCAGCAAGAGGAAAUGCUGGCCAGGCAACGACAGCAGCAGCAAAGUCAGGCCGAGGAGGCGCAAAUCAUAGUCCUGCUAGACGAGGAGGACGAUGAUGCUCAUGUUAAGGAUGCAGUGGAGGAGGAGAAAGAGCUGCAGCAGCAGCCACCAACCGGUUUGGUGAUAAGUGCAGCUAGAAGUUUGGCCGAACGACCAAUUCAUCGGCAAUCACCUGAUAUUGAACUGAUACCUAAACAAAGAAUCGUAGCUGAAAUCGAGUUAACCGAUAGUGAAAUGGAAGAUAAUGAUCAGCAGCAGCAGCACGAUGGCGAACGGCAAGAGAACGAUGGUGAUGAUGAUGAUGAGGAGGAUCUUCCUUUGGCCACUGUGAGCUGCGAAUUGGCCGAUGAGCAGGAACAGAUUAUAGUAUUAAACUCUGAUGACGAGCAGGAACAAUCAGUGCAACAGUCAUCUAAAGUCCAAAGGACCAACAAUCGUCGUCCUUAUGUUAAGCGUCGUGGACGUAAUCUCUAUCAGUGCCAAGACUGUGGCAAGAAGGUUCAAUCCAAUUAUAAUCUCAGACGUCACAUGAUGAUACACACAGGAGAACGUCCUUUUCCUUGCGACCUUUGCGAGCGACGUUUUCGCGAGUUUAGUGACUUGAAGAAACAUCGUCGUCGGCAUUCGCUGGAUCCGCAGUUUAUCUGCAUGAUUUGUCAUAGCCAAGCGCCCAGUCAGCAGGAUUCCACGCGUUGUGCGGACUGUGAGGGGAAGAACUUGAUGAUAAAGCCACAAAAUGAGGAAGGCCCACAAGAAGAGGAUGUCGAUGGUGAUAGGGAAUUGGAUGGCGACGCAGAUGGUGAUGGGGAGGAGGACGAGUGCAUAGCAACGAAAAGCCCUUCACCGCCAGCCACUUUGAUGGUUACUUUGGAACCGCCUCCAGUUGCAGCGCCUGCUCCACCUCCUCCUCCUCCGCUUAUGCCACGACCGCCCUUGGCUUUAAGUUGCAGCAGUGCCAAUUCGUCAUCGUCAUGUUUCAGCACUGACAUCCAUGCGCCACCACCACCACCGCUCCUGCCCACCCUGACCAUUGUUGCUGCACCUGCAGGUGUCAAGACACGCAAUCGCCCAUCUUAUCCCUGUCCCUUGUGCCAAAAAGUGUUUGGGACACGUCACAAUCUCAAGCGUCAUUACAUGAUUCACACGGGCGAGAAGCCAUUCAGUUGUACGAAAUGUCGUAAACCUUUUCGUGAAUGCUCAACACUUAAGAAGCACAUGGUAACCCAUUGCAAGGAGCGUUGGUACAAGUGCUCCAGAUGCCCCCUAAAAUUUCAGGACUAUAUUGAUUAUACAGCUCACAAAGACAUCAGACACCAGGAAUCUUCAUCAUACCCCAAUAACUAUGAAAGCGAUUCCUCUUCUACCGAAGAUUGGCUCGAGUGUUGUGAGUGUCGUAAAAGGUUCACCCAAUUGGAUGCCUAUACCAAACAUCUGAAGGAACACGAUAUACAACUCUAUGGCAUGUCCGUAGAUGACAUAGAUGACGAUGAAGAUGAAGAUGUGGAUGUCGCUUAGCCAAUUGGAAACAGUUCCAUGUACUGAUAAAGAGCGACUUUAAUUCGGUUUAUAUUAAGUAUGGCUAUAUAUAUAAAUAAGGUAUAUUCCGCAUAAUAUAUUGUAUUAUCUAAGUAUUAAGCACAUCAAGUGCCGAAUUAUCUGUUAUUUUUGAAAAAUAUAUACUUUUGAAAAAAGAAA